AUGGUCAUCACCACUCAGCACUUGCCAGCACCCCUCAACACCUGGCAACACCCACUCAACACUCGUCAACACCACUCAAUGCCUACCGACACCACUAGACACCUAUCAACACCAUUCCACACCUGUCAACACCACUCAACACCUCCCAACACCACUCAGCACCUGCCAGCACCACUAAGACCCUGCGAACACUACUCAACACCUCCCAACACCACUCAACACCUGUCUACACCACUCAACCCCUACCAACACCUGUCAACACCACUCAACCCCUGCCAACACCAACUCAACCCCUGCCAACACCAACUCAACAUCUCCCAACACCUGCCAACACCUCCCGACACCACUCAACACCCCUGUCAACACCAACUCAACAUCUCCCAACACCUGUCAACACCACUCAACACCUGUCACCACCUGUCAACACCACUCAACCCCUGCCAACAACAACUCAACCCCUGUCAACACCACUCAACCCCUGUCAACACCGCUUGA